CUCUUCAUCUUUGCUUUUUAUGUUCACUCUGUAUUUACCCCUUUACUAAGCAAACACUAUACUGUGAACGCAUUAUUAUCAUUUCCUGUUCUGGAUACCUUGCUCGCUCUUACCAGCCACCACUAUACAUACAAGAUCCACACAUACUGUCUACCAUGUCGCAACAGAAUGUAUUACAGGCAAAUAUCGCUAGCGCAUCUACCGGCACUGGUAGCAGCACCAUGGUAGGGGCUGCCCCAUCAAGCAGCAGAAGCAGCAUGAGCAGCAGUGCCAGCAAGCAGCAGCAGCAGCAGCAGCCGCAGCGGGCUCAGCUAAACCACGAAACAUGCUCGCUAUGUGGCGCGCAGUUUCGGAAUCGCGACCAGCUCUGGGAUCAUCUCAUGGACUGCAAUUACCUGGCAGACUGGAAAGGGAUCAUAUGACACGAGGAAUCCUUAGGGAGCACUAGCCAAGACCUGUAAUUAUCUCUAUUUCUCAACUCCAGUGGUCCAAUACAUUUGCUGGAAAAUA